GUUUGAGAGUAACGAAGUAACGAGAGGCGUCCUGACGAUGGACUUCCCAGUGGAGGCGAAGGUGCACCUGAAUGGGUUCAGAGACAAGCACCAGGCGUUGGGCAUUCUCCAUUCUCACGGGUUCCGGGUGAAGGAUCAGGGUCCAGGUUGGGUCCGGGUUGAAGGUGCUUUUCCACAGCUAAAAGAUGUGAAGGCCCAGUUAGAGCAGCUAGUCCAGGACCACGGAGGACAGAAUGGUCCACCUGGGACCGUGUCCAGCUACUACGGCAGCGCCACCAGGAACAAGUCGCGGUCCGCAGAGAGGCCUGACUCCUUCCACCACUCCCAGCAGAGGUCGCCCCCCAGGCCCGGGCCAGAGACCUUCAUCAUCGACUCCGACGUGUUCAAGUACGCCAACCGGUUCAGGAAAAAAGAGAUGGACGACAUCCUGACCCACCACGCCGCCUUCAUGACGGAGGUGGAGAGUGGCGACAGUUCCACCAUCACCGUCAGAGGAAAACACCCGAAGGCCGCGGCUCAGAACCUGCAGGAUCUCUUAGGUCAUCUGGGAAAGUCUCUGCGCACGCAGGAAGUUCCCCGACAGGACAUGGACCGGAACGGAGACGCUCUUCUGGAGAAGAUCAGAAAAGACGACAACGGUUUCAACUCGGUGCUGGUCUGUGAGACGAGGGACGGACUCCACCUCAUCGGACCGCCCAGAGAGAGCUUCGACCUCCAGCAGCAGCUGAUGCGCUCGGCAGGACGCAGGGGGCGGAGUUUCGUGCGAGGCGCCGCCUCCCGUUUCCGCAGCAGCUCAACACCCGAAACCCGCAAAGACAGGGGACGACGUGCCGCCGACGAGUCUCCGCCUCCCAGAGGAGCUACAGGAUACUCCCCACCCGGGAACCAGGACCCCCCGGCUCCCCGGGAUGCCUGGGACUCCCCGGACGCCUGGGAACACGGGGCCGAGCCAGACCGCAGACGCUCAGGGUUUUGGCGGCGGUUGUCCCUCAGGAAGCGAAGCCGCUCUGAGGUCCGUCGGAAGCCCGAGAAGCCGAACGGAGUCCAGCCGACGAGGGAAGAGUCCCGGCAGCCGAACAGCUCCUCCUUCUUCGCUCAGCUGUUCAGGAAUCCUUUUAAAAAACACAAAAACAAGAAACACAAGAAGUGAAACUGCUCUUCCUCUUUUCUGCUGAAGGAAGAAGAGUUAUGGAGGCGGCGAUGCCUCCCGGUCAGGCUCUGACCUUCAGCUACUCGACACGACGCCUGCCUUCAGUACAGGCCUUGAAGAGGAAUUCAUACGUCACUCGAUGUGCCGAGGCUUUGUGUUACUGCCAUCCCCCUCCAACUGCCCCUAUCGACGCUACGCCACCUCCAACUGCCCCUAUCGACGCUACGCCAUCUCCAACUGCCCCUAUCAACGCUACGCCACCUCCAACUGCCCCAUCGAUGCUACGUAAAUUCCAACUGCCCCAUCGAUGCUACGUAAAUUCCAACUGCCCCAUCGAUGCUACGCCACCUCCAACUGCCCCACCAAUGCUACGCCACCUCCAACUGCCCCACCAAUGCUACGCCACCUCCAACUGCCCCAUCGACGCUACGCCACCUCCAACUGCCCCAUCGAUGCUACGUAAAUUCCAACUGCCCCAUCGAUGCUAUGCCUCCCUUCAACUGCCCCUAUCAAUGCUACGCCACCUCCAACUGCCCCAUCGAUGCUACGUAAAUUACAACUGCCCCAUCGAUGCUACGUCACCUCCAGCUGCCCCUAUCGAUGCUACGUCACCUCCAGCUGCCCCUAUCAACGCUACGUAAAUUCCAACAGCCUGUGUUGAUGCUAUGCCACCUUCAACUGCCCCUAUUGACCUUACCAUCCACCUCCAACAGCCCAUCUCAACGCUACGUCACCUCCAACAGCCUUGAAGGCUCCAGGAUAUGACUGACCCUCGGUACACAGCGUUUAGCGUAGCGUCUUGCUACAUGUUGCGCUGUGUGGACUGCUGACGUGUGAGCCCUGAAAAUCAUUGGCAUGUAGCAUUGCUGGUGUGAGAGCACUGAAACUCAUUAGCAUGUAGCAUGCAGCAUGGCUGGUGUGAGAGAACUGAAGCUCGUUAGCAUGUAGCAUCGCUGGUGUGAGAGAACUGAAGCUCGAUAGGAUGUAGCAUCCAUCCAUCCAUCCAUCUUCCACGGCUUAUCCGGGACCGGGUUGCGGGGGCAGCAGUCUAAGCAGACAUGCCCAGACUUCCUGUCCCCAGACUUCCUGUCCCCAUACUCUUCCUCCAGCUCUUCCGGGAGGC